GAACCGACUCACACAGCUGAUUCAUUCGCAAAUUAAUUCAGGUUAGUGUUAACUGUUAGGAGAUUUACAAUGUCGGGGAUGGAGGUUCCUGGACCUGAUAAUGAUUGGAGGAGUCAAGGAUUCAGACAAAAAGUAGUCACGCAAAUAGAGGAUGCCAUGCGCAAAGCUGGAACAGCUCACACCAAAUCCAGCAAUGACAUGGAGAAUCAUGUGUUUAACAAAGCCAAAAGCAGAGAGGAGUAUCUGUCCAUGGUUGCCAGGCUGAUCAUUCAUUUCAGAGACAUCCAUAAAAAAGCACAAGGAGGAUCAGAUCAGAUGAACCCUCUACAGACUCUAACAGGGGUAGGUGGUCCCGGAGGCCCCGGCACUAUUGGCAUGCCCUCUCGUCCUCCUGGAGCCCCAAUGGGUGCCAUGGGGGCCAUGAACCAGAUGCCGAUAGGCCAGCACGCCAUGCAGGGAGUUGCCGGAAAUCAGCAGGGUGCUGGAGCAGCAGUGCAGUUGCAGAUGGCACAGCAGCAACAGCAGUCCAUCCAGUUUCAGCAGUUCCAGCCUCAGCAGCAGACGGCCAUGCAGCAGACGGCCAUGCAGCAGCAGUUUCAGGCCCAGCAGCAGUUAAAACUGCAGCAGCUGCAGCAACAACAACAGCAGCAACAGCAGCAGCAGCAACAACAGCAGCAGCAGCAGCAUCAUCAAAAUCAGUCACUGCAACACCAGAACCAGCAACAGCAGCAGGCCCAGGCACAACAGCAACAACAACAACAGAACCAGCUGCAUCAGUCCCGGCUUCAGCAGCAGCAGUUAGCACAGUUUCAGCAACUCCAACAGCAACAGCAGCAACAGGCUCAUGCUCAGGCCCAGGCUCAGUCCAUUCAGCAUUUACAACAACAGCAGCAGCAACAGCUUCAGCAAGCUCAGGCCCAGCCAGGUCAGAUGCCCCCACAUUCCCAGCCUCCCCCCCAGAUUCUUGUGCCCCAGGCUUUGGCCGGUCAGAUGCCCCCUGGGCAGCACCCGGCCAUUGGUACCCUCAGCCAGCAGCAGCAGCAGCAUCAGCAGCAGCUGAAGAUCCAGCAGGCCCAGCAGGCUUUCCAGGCUAGAGUUUUGCAGCAGCAGCAGCAGCAGCAGCAGCAGCAGCAAGUCCAGCAAGCCCAGCAGGCAGCAGCAGUUCAGGCCCAGCUUGUGACAGUUUCUGGCCCGAUGAUGCCCCGUGCUGGGAUACAAAUGCCACCCCGGUUGCCCCGCGCCAUUCCGAACUCUGCCAUUCCUCCAAACCCUGCUGCCAUGGGAGGACAGCAAAUGCCACAGGGUCAGCAGAUGUCCUCACCAUCUCCGGUCCAAGUCCAGACACCCCAGCCUUCCAUGCCACCUCCCCCCCAGCCUCAACCCUCUCCACAGCCGCUCUCCUCACAACCCAACUCUGUCAGUUCUGGUCCAACUCCAUCUCCAGGAGGUUUCCAACCCAGUCCUUCCCCACAGCCUUCACAAAGUCCAGCCACAGCACGUACACCACAGAGUUACCCAAUGCAAGUGCCGUCUCCUGGACCACUCAGCACUCCAGGUAACCCCAGCUCUGUGAUGAGUCCAGCAAGUGCGUCCCAGUCAGAGGACCAGCUGUACAUGGACAAACUCAAACAGCUCUCCAAGUACAUUGAACCGCUGCGCAGGAUGAUUAACAAAAUUGACAAAAAUGAAGAAAGGAAGAAGGAUCUGAGCAAGAUGAAAAGUCUGCUAAAUAUUCUCACUGAUCCCAACACCAGAUGCCCCCUUAAAACCUUACAGAAGUGUGAAAUAGCCUUGGAGAAGCUCAAGAAUGACAUGGCAGUGCCUACUCCUCCUCCUCCAACAGUGCCUUCCAAAAAGCAGUACCUGUGCCAGCCACUGCUCGAUGCCGUCUUGGCCAACAUCCGCUCACCAGUUUUCAACCACUCCCUCUAUCGAACGUUUGCACCCGCGAUGACGGCCAUUCACGGACCACCCAUCACAGGGCCCAUCAUUCCGACUCGGAAGAGGAAGUAUGAGGAAGAUGAUCGUCAGACUAUCCCAAACAUCCUGCAGGGGGAGGUAGCACGCCUUGAUUCCAAAUUCCUUGUCAACUUGGACCCGUCCUUCUGUAGCAACAAUGGGACAGUGCACCUCAUUUGCAAACUGGAUGAUAAGACCCUUCCCAGUGUUCCUCCUCUCCAGCUGAGCAUUCCGUCAGACUAUCCUGAGCAGAGCCCUCAGUGGGUCAACGAUGAUCAGCAAUACGAGGCAAACCCAUUCUUACAGAAUCUCCACAGGACCAUGACGUCUAAACUGCUGCAGCUUCCCGACAAGCACUCGGUCACUGCUCUCCUCAACACCUGGGCUCAAAGUGUGAGACAGGCGUGUCUCUCUGCUGCCUAAUCACGGCACCAAGGGUUCUCUCGCAGCAUAAAACUCAUCGCUUCUGUCUGUCUGUCUGUAUAAUUUGCCCCUGCAGAUCUGAAUGAAGUAUUAUAGUUAUCUUAAUCAGUACAGGUUUGUAAAGGACCGCUAAAAACAUUGGUGUGCGUAAAUGUAUUUUUAUUUACACUAAUAAAUAAUGUGUUUGCGUCA